CAUACAUUACAUACUACUAGUAUUAUAUAUUUAGUUUUCGUUUAUAAAUAAGAUAUAGCAUUGGUACAAGAGCAAACACAACAAAAUCCAAGAGUAAUUUGCUAAAAUUACCUCACUGCAUAGGAGUAUCUAUCUAUUCUUCACCACAAAUUCCUUCAAUUCAUAAGCCUUGCUUCCGUAUAUUUUACUUUAAAGGAAUAGUUAUGGCAAAUCAAUCAUCUGAGCUAGCCAUUGAACAACUGAAGAAGCUUCUCAGAGAGAAAGAGGAACUUAAUGAGGUGGCCACUGCAAAAAUUGAGGAAAUUAUAGUUGAGUUGCAGGGAUGUCAUCCACAACCAAUUGAUCCUGCUGAGCAGAGAAUCAUUGAUGGUUUUACUUACUUCAAGCUCAACAAUUUCGACAAGGACCGGAAAUUGUAUGAUCGACUUGCUAAAGGACAAUCCCCCAAGUUUAUGGUAUUUGCUUGUUCUGACUCUAGAGUGAGUCCCUCUAUUAUCCUGAACUUUCAACCUGGAGAAGCUUUCAUGGUCCGAAACAUUGCUAACAUGGUCCCUCCAUUUAAUCAGUUAAGAUACAGUGGAGUUGGUGCAACCCUUGAGUAUGCUAUUACAGCUCUAAAGGUGGAGAACAUCUUGGUUAUUGGACAUAGUCGCUGCGGCGGUAUAUCAAGGCUUAUGAGUCAUCCAGAGGAUGGUUCUGCUCCAUAUGACUUCAUAGAUGAUUGGGUGAAAAUUGGUUUACCUUCUAAAGUCAAGGUCCUGAAAGAACAUAAAUUCUGUGAUUUCGAGCAACAAUGUGAAUUUUGUGAAAUGGAAUCAGUGAAUAACUCAUUAGUGAACCUUCAGACAUAUCCAUAUGUUGAUGCAGAAAUAAGGAACAAGAACUUAGCACUAUUGGGGGGUUACUAUGACUUUGUGAGUGGAGAAUUCAAGUUUUGGAAGUAUAAGACUCAUAUUACUGAACCCAUUACAAUCUGAAUCCUCAAUUAAGGAAUCAAACUUUGAACCACACUAACCCACUUGGAUUGGCCUAGUGGCAUUGAUUUGAGACCUGGGAGUGUGCUCAUCCUCGAGGUCUCAUGUUCGAUUUUCCCUAGUGCAUUUAGCUUCUUCAACAAAAAAAAACUUUGAACCACUAUCUCAAGUGACUAGUUUGGUUGUACUGUACAUAAAAAUCUAAUAUCAGUGUGAAUUUUCUUGAAUUGAAACGUCAUUUCUUGAAGAUAUUUUUUCA